GCGGGAAAAACGGGUCGCAAAACUGCACAAUAUUACAGUGGCAGGUCGCGAGGCAGGCACGUAAAACAGCGGCAGGUUGCGAGGCAGGCACGUAAAACAGCGGCAGGUCGCGAGGCAGGCACGUAAAACAGCGGCAGGUCGCGAGGCAGGAGUGACAGGUCCGGUGACAGCUCCACCCGUCACGGAAAGAUUUUACUCCUACUGCUUCAAGAAAUGACCGAAGUAAUACGAGAUCCACGCAGUUAAAAUGCUGGUCCAGGUGAAGUUCGGCCAACUGCAGAAGUAUGUCAAGCUGGAUUGUGUUGAAGGACGGUUUGACUUUGUGCAAUUUCAUGAAAAAGUCAUUGAGAGAUUUUGCUUGCCACCUGAUGCAAAAGUUACACAAGGAUGCAACUGAGACAGAAGUCGAUGCAGAAAUAUUCAGUGACCUUGUUGAACAAGGCAAUUUGGCGCUGACUGUUUUCUCUAAGGAUGAAUUUUCUGACGCCUUUUCUUCUGCAUCCGAGACUGAUUCAAGCUGCAGCUCAGGUGCAUCCGCUGUAAUCUUAAGGGAGGUCCCUAAUAAGAGACAAAGAAUUGAGGAGUCUAAUGCACUGACUGCUAAACAGUUAGUUGAAGAUGUGCUAAAGUCCAGGUCAGGUGGUAAAGAAGUACUGCAGGAGUAUCAAGCAACAGAAACCCUUUCUGAUGCCACAAGAAGACAUAUGGUUAACAUACUAGUGGCUCACGUGAUGGAUACACAUGGGUACCUCCCGCCUAAAGCAAUCAGAGAACAGUAUGCUCUUGGGAUAGUGGUGCCGUUUCCUUCCCUUAAAGAUCCAUAUUCAAGGAGAGGCUUUGAACACUUCUAUGAUGCUGCAAGCCACACGGGAUAUAUUGCUUGGCGUAUGAAAACAGUCCAAUGGAAGAUUCGUCGAGGAUCUGUAUCACCAGAUAGAUGAAGCCCUGCUGAUGUUUCUCCAGGAGGCCCAAAGUGUCAAAUAUGCACUAAUUUGGAAGGGCAACUUUCUGGGGAUGCUUGCCAAGAGGUCUUUGCUCAGCCAUAUCACAGACAGGUCCAUGAUUUUUCAGAAGAUGAGAGAGACCUUUCAGCAUCGUCAAAAGCUUGUUACUGAUUCUAGUGUUGACAUUCUCUCAACUUUUUCAAGAUUCUUGGAUACAAGAGGACUGCUACGUGUAGAAUAAUGUUUUAAUGGUCUUGCACUUUAACAGUAUUUUUUUAGUUUAACAUUGUUUUUCUUAAAGGUGGAUCAAGAUUUCACACUCUUAUUUGAUGAUGAGACAUCUUCCGGGCUGCUUCAAAAGUGGGACACGUUCUUCAGGCCAAAUAUCAUAAAAGAGGCUAAGCAGCUCACUUCAACACCAGAGCUGAAUCAGUUGUUGCUGUCAGCAGAAAGUCCCCAAGGAAGUGAUCUUGAUGAGAAAAUUUACGACCGAGAAAUGGCAUCCCUUCUGUUGCUGAUACAUCUCCUUCCACCACCAUCAGGAGGGCCAAAAUCUCCGAAAAUGAGUGCAUGCGAUGCUGUUGGAAGACUUGUAAUGUUUCAUAAGGUAGUGACAUUAUAAUAAUUUAUGACCUGUUUAGCUAUGUUUACAUGUUCGUAGCUCAAAGGUGGAUGAGAUUAAAACGUCAUCUUUUUAGGCAUUACCAUCUUCCAGUAACCAACGAGUUGAUGUUUAAAUAAUCAAUGUUUUGUCAUUUUGUAUAUCCUACCUUCAUUUGUAAUGUCACAUUUUUA